GAUGCGGUGGUCGCGCGGGGCCACGGCUGCCCUGAACGGGCCGCUCCCCUCGGGCUCCGAAGAAACCUGAGGAUGCCAACUCUUUUUGAGACUGUCAUUCCCCGUGUUUGAGAUUUCUUUUCUGGAAGUUCAUUCGAGCACUUCGGAGAGAGGAAAGGCAGCAUUGCGGCUUCUGCACUUGUCUGGAAGUGAAAAUUAAAACCAGACACGGGAGGUACUGAAGGCAAAGGGACGUGGCGAGAAACUGGACGAGUUUCUCAGUUUGACAGGAAUCUUGCCCCUAACUUGCCUCACAUAUUAUAUAAUUCAAGCUAUUUCAGAAUCGGAGUGUUUAAUCUCAUAGUUCUAAGCAAGUGCCCUUAGUCUUGACCUUAGUGACGAUACUUUGGAAUGUCUGAAGUAUUGAGCAAGAAUUUUUUCGUACAAAGGUAGGUUCCGAGUUUAAGCUUCUCAGUGCCAGGAAGUCAGAACAAUCCUUUCCUCUCCUGGCAAUCAUCCCAUCUGCUCCUCUGCUACUCUGGGACCAAAAAGAGAAGUCGUUUCUCUACAUAUGUGGGUUUUGGGAGACAGCUAUGGAUGAGGAAUAAGGGAAAAAGAAGGAGGAUUCUUUUGUUUUCUGCGCAGAAGGUGUGCAGUUAUGGGGCAAAAAGUGUUUUUAUUUGUUUAUCUCUCUCCCUUCAUCUCAGCCAGCGUAAACAAAUUGUGCCUUUUUUGUACCUACGGCAUGUGUUGAUUAUUUAUAAUAUUAGGGAAAGGAGUCAUCUCUAACAGCACGAAGACACUUAUCUUCAGUGUAGCUACAGAAGAAUGACUGCCUUGUGUGGAAUUAACACUGGGGUUUGGUUUUCAGUUAAGAAAAUGAGGCAGAAGGAAGUGUUGACCAAGACCUUCCAAGGCCCAGCCAUUGUCUGUAGGACUCCGGCCAGCCAUGUUUACAUGUUUGGGAAUGGCGGUGGAGAUUCGGGGGACUCCUCUGAGGAAGAGACCCACCGAGUGGCCCUGCGGCCCCGGGGCAAGGAUCGCCAGAAGAAGGGUGCCCACCACCCUCACCAGCCUGGAGCAGGGGACGUGGUGCUGCUGCAGCGGGAGCUGGCCCAGGAGGACAGCCUCAACAAGCUCGCGCUUCAGUAUGGCUGCAAAGUUGCAGAUAUCAAGAAAGUCAACAACUUCAUCAGAGAACAAGACUUAUAUGCUUUGAAAUCUAUUAAGAUUCCAGUGAAAAAUCACGGAAUCCUAACGGAGACCCAGAAAGAACUCAGACCCCUCCUGAGCUCAUCCACAGAGACCAGAGUGACCUUCGAGGAGCAGCCAGACCCAGACAGAGCAGCUGUGGGUGCCAGUGCCCCAUCUAGCCCACUGACGGAUUUCUUUAAGGGCAUUGACCAGAAUAUUGAGCGUGCAGUGCAGUCAGACAUCUUUUUGAGUGAAAGUCACUGCAUCGAGACCUCCAGUCAGCCACUGCUUCCGGCUCCUCCGAAGCCACUGACAAAUGGUGCAGACUGUGGAAUUCAUUGGUGGAAUGCUGUGUUUAUCAUGCUUCUAAUUGGAAUUGUUUUACCAGUGUUUUAUUUGGUCUAUUUUAAAAUACAAGCUACUAGUGACAUCCCUAGCAGCUUGAAUACAACUACUGUCCCCAAUGGCUCGAUGGCCAUGAAUGCAGUUCCAGGCCAAGGCCCCAAAUUAGUGAUUCCAGUGCCAACCCUCCCCUCUUCAGACAGCCAGUUCAGUCAUACCCAAGGGGGGAACUAGCUGUUGUUCCUAAGUAAUCAGGCCAGCUUUAGCAGUGGAUCCGUUAGCAAUGGCCAUGUGCUGACUUUCCUUUUCUCUGACGUGUGGACACAUUGCAGAAGCCACCGUUGUGUUCUCAGUAACACUCACCAUGGGGAACAGCCUUGCCUGAUCUAAGGCUGCGGGAGCCAAAACACUGGCACCCUCAGUCUCCUACAUCCAGAGAAGAGCAGCAAGAGAGACAUUUACACCUGACAGACGCUGUUUCCAGGAGGCAUUUAGUGGACUGGCCAUGUCUUCACAGUAGCACCGUGUGCGCCCCCAAGUUGGACAUGCUGGAAGGGAGACGAAUGGCCUUGGCAAACAGACCUACAGCGUGGGAGCCCCGGGGGUCGGCUUUGGUGGUCUUCCCGUUUGCAUUGUCCCCUGCCUGCUAUGGAGGAGUGACAGGCUCUGACAAGUGCUGUUGUGUCUGCCCGGCAAAAGUGCAAUAGUGUGGAAUGUCACCCUGUUUUAGAGUGUGACACAUUACAGUUGUAACAAGCCUUGCUUCAUAUUUGCCCCCUCAGAUAGCCUUUUUGAGCCAAUGUCCUGUCUAGAAUUUAAAAAGCUCUAAAUCCAAAUUGCUGUAAUAUGAGUAAAUAGUGGUUCUGUUCCUUGAACUUUUAGAGCUACUUAAUCUGACACGCAGGCGUGUUUUAAGCUCUGCGUGGUGCAACCAGCACUUCCUGGCCAGCACGUUUGGAGGCCAUGGCCCAAUUUCACCCGAGGAGCACCUGCACAGUGAUUGCUACCUGGAUCCCCCACGUCAGCAUUCUUGGAAGGAGCUCUUGCUGGUCAGUGUCUGGAGUGGAGUAAGUGUAGAGGGAAGGAUCAGUGCCUGUCACCAAGGUCCCAACGUGUGGCACUUCUAAGGGCGAACAGUCACCAGUCCUGCAUCUGCUGGCCUCUGUGCACCUGAAAGAGUGGUGCAGGGAAAACGGGGGUGCUACCUGCUGCUUCCUCGACUCCAUUCUUCGGGAUUCUAGAGCCACAGAACAGGAAUGGUUUUCUUUAGGUGAUUUCAAUGUAGCUCAUAGUAUUAAAAUAUCAAGCCCUUAACAGAGGGCCUACAGGUGACCCUCCUGUGAAAGGCCAUAAAAAGAGGGACCUGAGGUUUGCCCAUCUCCUCUUAUGACGAGGCAACAGGGGUGCUAAUGCAGAGGCUUGAGGAGGGAGGGCCUGGGCGGGCCUCGGAGGCUCACUGGUGCAGCAUGGGUGAAUGGGGUGAGGGCAGGAGCCCACCUUGGUCCCACGGAGUGGAAAUCAGCCAAGGUGGCUGGCAGCCCAGCCUUGGAGAGGUCUGUCUCCAGGGAGGAAAACACGCUGCACAAAUGCUGAGCUUUAAUGCAGAUUUAAGGCAUUUGACACAUUAGGCCUAAAGAGCAAUUUGAAAGAUCUCGUCACGUAAGAGGAAGGGAAUGUGGCAGAAGAACCCUUGAGAUAGGCAUCCAGUUUCUUUCUCCUUUCAGUUAUGUGAAAAACUAUUCUGCCCUGGGUUUAAUUAGCAAAUUUAAAUUAUCUUCAAAAUAAAAUGUUUUCUUCAAAACCAAAAUGGUUUUCAGGAUAAAAUGAAUUUGUGAACCUUUACUACCGGAAAUUUUGAUCAUGUAAGGUUUUGAUCAUGUAAAUGCUUUUCCAGUCAAAUGUUUGUGCGCGCUGUGCCCCCGAGGGCUACACGUUUCUCUAACAUUUGUCACCUUUAAAUUCACCCAGCAGGACUCGGACUCCCAUGAGAACAUGACUUUUGCUGGACAAAGAAUGAAUACCUGUAUACUUUUUUCAAGUGGAAUAAAAUAAUUUCUUCUGUGAAGGAAAA